ACUGGGGGAUGCUGCGGGCGGCGCGCAGCGGCGCGCGGCUCUUGCUGUCCGCGGGCGGCGGCGGCGCCGCUGCUGAGCGAUGGCCCCGGUGGCGGCUCCUGCAGCAGGCGGUGCCCCAGGCCGCCGCCGCCGCCCCGCGCGCCGUGGGCCGGUGGCUGCUCGUCUGCAGCGGCACCGUGGCGGGCGCUGUGGUGCUGGGCGGUGUCACCAGACUGACAGAAUCAGGCCUGUCUAUGGUUGACUGGCACCUGGUGAAAGGGAUGAAGCCCCCCAGGACGCAACAGGAGUGGGAGGCUGAGUUCCAAAAAUACCAGCAAUUUCCAGAAUUCAAAAUCCUGAAUCACGAUAUGACACUGACAGAAUUCAAGUUCAUCUGGUACAUGGAGUAUUCGCAUCGUAUGUGGGGUCGUGUUGUGGGUCUGGCCUAUAUUCUACCUGCUGUGUACUUCUGGAGAAAGGGCUGGCUGAGCCGCCCCAUGAAGGGCUGCGUUCUUGCGCUCUGUGGGCUUGUCUGCUUUCAGGGAUUGCUGGGAUGGUACAUGGUCAAAAGCGGACUGGAAGAGAAGCCAGAUUCUUAUGACAUUCCUCGGGUCAGUCAGUACCGUCUUGCAGCACAUCUCGGCUCUGCACUGGUUCUUUAUUCUGCUAGUCUAUGGACAGGGUUGUCUUUGCUGCUCCCACAACACAAGUUACCUGAGACCCACCAGCUGCUCCGCUUGAGACAAUUUGCUCAUGGCACUACAGCUCUCAUUUUUCUUACUGCUCUUUCAGGUGCCUUUGUGGCAGGGCUGGAUGCUGGCCUUGUGUACAACUCUUUCCCCAAGAUGGGGGAACGCUGGAUCCCUGAUGAUCUCCUUGCUUUCUCUCCCGUGCUGAAAAAUGUCUUUGAGAAUCCUACAACUGUACAGUUUGAUCACAGAAUCCUGGGCAUUGCCUCAAUGACAGCUGUCACAGCGCUGUACCUCUUCUCGCGGAAGAUCCCACUUCCUCGCAGGACCAGGAUGGCAGUGACUUCCUUGCUAGCUGUGGCAUGCAUGCAGGUGGGCCUGGGCAUCAGCACCCUGCUGCUGUAUGUGCCGACACCUCUGGCUGCCACCCACCAGUCGGGCUCCCUGGCCCUGCUCAGCGUGGCGCUGUGGCUCAUGAGCGAGCUCCGGCGGGUCCCCAAGUAACCGCGCUGGGGCACAAUGGCAAGAGGCUGCAGCGCCGCCACGGAGAGCCCUUCCCUCCCCGAGGGGCACCGCCGGGGGGGGCCAGCCGGGCGGGCCCCCCUCCCCGAGGGGCUGCGCAGAGGGGGCACCGGGGACCGUCGCGAGGGCAGACGCUGUCACAUAAACGAGUUUUCCACA